CUCAUAGCCGUCCUCAUAUUCGGUCUUGCCUCGUUCUCGCGGCCGACAAACUGCAUUGAUCAAGCUAUUGAACCAACACACAAAAAUUUAAUCUCCACUUCCAACCCCCAAAAUUCUCGUUCAUCCGUCUCAUCCCUCUCUGGCUUCCAAACAGCAAACAGUGAUCAUGGCCCCACCAACCCCUCCAGUGGUAAACUUCAUCACGGGCAACGCCAACAAGCUGACCGAGGUGAAAGCCAUCCUCGAGCCGGCCAUCACGGUCAACAGCCAAUCGUUGGACUUGCCCGAGCUGCAGGGCACCCUUGAGGAGGUUACGCUUGAGAAGUGUCGCGUGGCUGCCCAAAAAGUCGGCGGGCCGGUGUUGGUCGAGGAUACGUGUUUGUGCUUCAAUGCUUUGAAUGGGUUGCCGGGGCCUUAUAUCAAAUGGUUCAUGCAGUCCAUCGGCCACGAAGGCCUCAACAAUCUUUUAGCCGCGUACGACGACAAGUCGGCCCAGGCCGUGUGCACCUUUGCCUUUUCCAAGGGCCCGGGCCAUGAGCCGUUGCUGUUCCAAGGGAAGACGGAUGGGAAGAUAGUGCCCGCGCGAGGCCCGACCUUUUUCGGUUGGGACCCCAUAUUUGAGUACGAGGGCGAGACGUACGCCGAGAUGGACAAAGCCAAGAAAAACAAGAUCUCGCAUCGCUACAAGGCCCUCGAGAAAGUCCGAGUGUGGGUUGAAGGGGGGAUGAAUGAAUAGGUUUGGGAAAGAAAUCACGAUCAUGAUGCUUAAAUAUUGUUUGUUCUCUGGUCCAUUUUUACGACCCGAACCAGAUGACGAAGGAGUAAAGUGAGGACGUAGUAUAACCCGAAUAUAAGCGCAACGCCGUCUAUGAAUGCCUGUCAUCAAAUCGUCAAGUCCAAAGUGUGCACCGUGUC